UGAUUGGGGGUAAGGGCACAUUUGCAAAUUCAACUUCCUAUUGGUCCAACACAAACAUAACUAUAUAUAUAGAGAGAGAGAGACAGAGCAGGGACACAUCUCUAAAUUAAUAACAUUUAAGGAGGAGCAUGCCCAGAAGUUGCUUUGCAAUGGAGCAACCUCCACCAUGCAGCAACCACCACCACCAUACUUCCACCACCAAAGGAGGCACGCGCCACCCCGUGUACCGCGGCGUGCGAAAGCGACGCUGGGGAAAAUGGGUGUCCGAAAUCCGAGAACCCAAGAAGAAGACUCGAAUAUGGCUGGGAUCAUUCCCCGCACCCGAAAUGGCAGCCAGAGCCUACGACGUCGCUGCUUAUUGCUUGAAAGGCCACAGAGCUCAGCUCAAUUUCCCAGACGAAAUCGAGCAGUUCCCGCGUCCCUCCACCAGCACUGCAAGGGAUAAUGACUUUUGGGCGGAGAUUGAGCUGCCGGAGCUGAUGGGUCAUCAUAAUGAUCAUUACUUAUCUGAGGUAUGGUAUUGGAGUUGUACUUCUGAUCACUGUGGGGUGUUCUCUGGUGAUGCCACGUCGUUCCUGGACACUGCAAACCAAAUUCUUUAAUUAUAUAUACACUCUCCUAUAUAUAUUUGUUAAAUAUUUACAAGAACGUACAAUAAGGUUUUUGUAGUAGCUUGUAAUUAAUUAUUUAUGAUUAUUAUUAUUAUUACGUUGUUUUCCUUUGUUAUUACUUAGUGUACUUGUUGAUAAUUGAUUUCAAGAAAAGGAAACAAAAAAAGAAUAUUAUUGUGAGGAUGGCAAUGUUAAUUUGUUAUGUCUAUGU